UGACAUGCACCUUCUUUCUUUCCACUGACAGACAAAAAUAGAAAGCUCUCAUCUCCAAGCUAUAAAUUGUCCAUGCUCUCCUUUCACACGUAAGCCCCACAGACCCUCCUACUAUGUCAUUCUCUUGUGUUAAUGUCCACACGUUUGACCUAAGCGGUUGUGCGUACUAACAAUGACAAGUUGUUUUGAAGCUUAAACCUCUCCUUGCACGACACAACCCAACCUGUUUGCCGGUUCAGCUACUGUCAUUGUGGCAUCCUACAGCCAAAUCUCUUUUUUAAUAUCACGCCCCCGUCUCCCCUCUUCGGUGUUCACAGCUGGUCUUUUUCGUUUUCCCGUCCCAUAAAAACAAUCUGGAAUGUACAAGAACCGCUUCAAAGACACCAACAACAACUUCGAUAAUUCUCAUCUCAAUGAUCAUAAGAAUAAGCUUAUUGGAGCCGUUAAGAAGAUAAAACAUGAAGUAGAUUUAUGUGAUGAAGAAGAAAGGGAGACCUAUGUGGAAGCAGCAGACCUGCAGGUAAAAUCAUUUUCAUGCAAUGAUUUAAGUCAAAUAACUCAGAACAGUGCAUGCAUGCCACAUGGAUAGAAUGAAUGCAUACUCAUGUUCCAUCCAUAUGGGUACAAAAUGUGAAAAGUGUAGAAAAAUAAACACACAGCUCUAGUUAACUCCAUGCGCUAUUGUUACAGAUAUGCGUUGUACUAUUAUUUGUUUUUCUUCUGCUUUCCUUGAAUUUCACUUGACAAGCGCCAGUUUGAGGGGAUGGAGAGGGAGAUCCAAGCGGAGUUCCAGAACCUUCAUCGAUUUCUGGACGAGGAGGAGGAGAGGGAAAUUGAACGACUCAGGAAAGAGAAGGAAAAAAGAAUAAGUCUACUGAAAGAAAGAGAGAGAAAGAUUUCUAUGCAAGGGAGAAAUCUGGAGAAAGCCAUUGAAACUUUGAAUAGUAAACUAAAGGAAGAGGAUAGUCCCAGACUACUGAAAGUGAGUGAGUAGGUCGGGGGAGGGGGGGGAGCAACAGAGGGGCGUCACCAAAAGGGAUUGGAGAACCCUCAGAGAAUAUGCUAGAUGCUAUUUGUCAUCAAAUCAUCAGUUGCUUGAUAUAUUGAGUCUGUCAUGUUAGCAGUCAUAAACCUUUAAGCAUGUGUUUAAAAGUGUCAAGGGUGAGGUGACAUGUUUAUUCAUAUAAUUUUUUUCUUUUUAGGAAAUCAGAGAACUCUUAAAAAGGCAAGUCACUGAUUCCAACUAUUUUAUCUCUUCAUCAAAUGCUAUUUAACCUUACUACUUCAAAAACCUAAGUACUGUUUCCACAUUGCAAACUGGUUCAUUCUUUAGCUCACUUUAGAAACAGCUAUUGCACUACACCAUAUAUUUAUGAUACGUGUGGUUGUAUCAUGCGCUUGCAUUGUUAAAAAAAGGCGCCCUACUCAAUUCCUCAUCCAGUUCCACUGCUGUUUGCUUGCAGAUGUGAGGUCAACUACAUAUCCCCCCCUCCCGUGGACAGUGAAGUUUGUCAAGGACAGUUUGUGGGGCCCAUUCAGUACAGGAUCUGGAAACACAUGCAAGCCUCGCUUUACCCAAGUACAUAUCUCUGUAGAGUGUCAAUCAACAUAAUUUAAGAAUUGUGCACACUAUUAUCAAUAGUUACUUUUGUGCAGCCUUAUUUUCAUGUGUUCUGUCAAUCUGUCAAUCACAGAUAUCUCCAUACUGAACUUUGACCCGGAAACUGCCCAUCCUUUCCUCACUGUUUCGCCCACAUGCACCUCCGUGUGCUUUGAUGAUGACAAAAAGAUGCCCACCAAGGAGGAGCUGGAGAGGAACCCCCGCUGCUUUAACUACUACUACUGCGUGAUGGGGAGGGAGCGCUUCACCAGCGGCCGCCAUUACUGGGAGCUGGACGUGGCCAAAAAGACUGCCUGGAGGGUGGGUGUGGCCCGGGAAGACGUCCCGCGGGGCGAGAUGACCACCAGCGACACCGCCACUGGCUUCUGGACGCUGUCACUCAAGGGCGGCACCAUUUUGGCCUGCACCAGCCCAAAGCCCACUCCGGUGCGCACCUCAUUCCCUCCCCCACGCAUUGGCGUCUUCCUGGACUACGACAGGGAGGAGGUGACCUUUUACAACGCUGUCACCAUGAUGCCACUCUACUCCUUCUUCAUGGAAAAUGUAGAGGGUCCCAUCGUCUCGUUCUAUAACCCUUGUGACACAGACUAUGGGAAGAACAUUUCCCCUCUCUCCAUAUUCUGGCCUUCCUUAUGACAGACUCAAGAGAGGAUGUUUCAUAGAUUAGAUUAGUUUGUUGUUUAUUUAAAUGUUGGUUGUAGUCUACCAAAUGUACCACCUGCUUAAGAGGGCAUUUAAAAUUAAUCCAGUACUGCAUAACAUUAAUUAAUGACUUACUUCAGUUAUGGAUUGUUUAUGAUUCAUUUGAUCUGUUUUGUUUGUUUGUCAGAUGAACUGGAACUAAACGAAAUUAUUUGACCACCCCUUGUGCACUUUAAGGGUGUAAAAUAAAUUAUGCUUGUAUUUCCAAAUACACGCCUCAUUACCUUAAUACAAACAUAUCAAAUUAAUAAAUAAAUCACAGAAAGGCCGGGUACAACAACUAAAGAAGAGAGCUAAAUCAAUGAGCAGGACAGUGAAUGAUUGAAGGGGGGUGAAGGAUAUGAGGUUACCUCUGUCUAUAAAUACUACCUGACUGCAUAACUAUGACACUGACUGGAAUGAGAAUGAGAACAAUGCAGGGAAGGGAAGGGAAGGGGGUGGCAAGCAAGAAGACAAAGGAAGAGAGACACAGAGGCAAUACAGCAAGAAAUACAGCAGAGGAAAUGGGGGAGAGCAAACCUAGUACAUAUCCAGAAGAGAUAGUGUGAAGAACUGAGAGAGGAACACUGAGAGCCCGAGAGAGGCAGCCGGAGUGACACCAAGAGAGCAAAUAAAGUAAAGUGACAUUGACUGAUACUGAUGGAGGGAGACGGACAGGACUGGCAAGCAGGGAGAGAGAUGGAGGGAGAGAGCGAUAGAGAGAUAAACAAAAUGGCUGCCUACCUUAGCCAAGAGCUCAGCUAACAUUCUAUGAGGGCUGGAGACCAUGUGUGUGUGUGUGUCUGAUUUCAUCUUUCUGUGUGUGUG